AUGUUUCGCCGACGACGUCUGAGCAGCGGUGGUGCGGCUCGAGGAGUUUUCAUCUUCGGCUUCAACUUCCCUGAGCAGUCGCUUGUAAAGCGCUCCCUGGAAACCUUCUAUGGCAUCGGUCCAAAAGUGUCGCAGAGCAUCAUGGCGCGCUUCCACAUACACCCCUGGGCGAAAGUUGGCACCCUGAAGAACUCCACCGUCCUAGAUUUGACCGCCGAGCUAUCGAAUAUGAAGAUCGAGAACGACCUAAGAAGAGAGGUGCAGGAGAAUAUCAGGCGGCUGAAAGAUAUGGGAUCGUAUAGGGGUAGACGACAUGCUAUGGGACUUCCCGUGAGAGGACAGAGGACAAGAUCACAGAUCACAACGGCGAGAAAACUGAACAAGAUCGAGCGUGGCGGUCAGGGACGUGUACAGAUGUGA